AUGGCUUCAGACGAGGAACUUGUUUUUGCAGCCCACCUUGAAUCCAUUCCUCUCACCCUUUCCUUUCCAAAUCCCAAAGAUGAGCGGCAGCGGGAAGAAUACCGAAGCGCAUUAAAUCCCGGCGCGAGCGUCCCGACACGGAUUGUUACCAAUACCAACGGCCGGAAACUCUUAUCCGCCAGUCUGUUGCCGUUCUGGAGUACUUUGAAGAGCGAUUCUGGAUCGCUACCCGCUGUUACCUCCUGUCAGCGAACCGGAGCAGCGGGCUUGGACAUCAUCACCAAAGAUGUGCAGCCGCCGGUCGACUCUCGCGUUGCCCAACGUGUGAAAGAAAUUCGGGGCGAGCUCGAUGAGGUUGUCUUUGUGAAGGGCGUAUUCCAGGAUGGCCUUGGAGCCUAUGAAGCCCUGUUCAUGGGGACCAGGGAGACACGCACGGCUGGCUUCACGGUUGGGUCGCGAGUCACAAUGGUAGAUGCAUGUCUCAUUCCAGCAGUCGAUCAAGCCUGUUUCUACAGAUUCGGGCUCGAGUUUGCGCCAAACGUCAUGGAAAUAUAUGAUACCCAGAAGCAGACGGGGGCUUUCCAGGCCGCAGACUGGCGAAACCAACCAGAUGCUCCUGAAAAAUAUCGGCACAAAUCAGCCUAG